AUGUACUCUUUCAUUCCUCUUCUCGCUUUACUACCUUCAUUGGUAAGGGGUCAAGUAACGGCUACUUUCCCCAAUGGAGCUACCAACCCCGAUCAACCAGAGUUCCUCCCUAUCGGAUCAUAUGUCAACGAAACUUCCCUCUCGAGAUUGAUGUCCAUCAAUGGUGUCGAUGAUUUCUGUCUUUGGGGUCCUCCCGAUCAGAGCGGUGCUAAAGAGAACGAAAUCGGUAAUGUAGAACCUAUAGUCGUGGCCUACUGUACCAAACCCAGGAAUGGUGCUAGACUGAUUCCUGAUGGAGCUAUUACCGCCGCUCAUUUCAUCAAAACCCCUCUAUAUGUUCAAAUUCACGGUUUCUGGGACGGUACCAAGGUCGGAAUUGUUGAAGGUGAUGCCGGUGGUGAACUCGAUCCUCACGGCGCUGAGAACUUAGGAAACCCUAUCGGUGGUAAUGUGACCUCGAAUGUCGAGGGUAAAGACGUCUUCUACGAGGAGUGGAUGUCUUUUAUCUCUUAUGACCAAUUCUGCGUACGAGUGUGUACCGCUGAAACCGCCAACGUCACUGCCGCUCUUCAAUGUGAACACGAGCUUGAUAUCAUGGGUUGUCAAUUCGUCAUGGCUAUUGAAGACUUUUAUCAAGAAAACAACACAUUCACUUCAUGUGACGGUGAAGCCGCUGCUCCUCCAGGUCUUUACCCUCAAGCCAACGGUUCGACUUCCACCUUCAGACAACGAUACACCGGUACAUACUCCAACGACGGUGGUGUCGGAUACUUUACCGUUGGUCAAACCGUCACUCCUUCUUCCGUCGCAUUCUAUCCGGCAACUUCCAACUGUGUGACUUACUCUACCAUCUCCAACGGAGUCAACACUGGUGACUGGGCAGUAACAGCCACUCCUUCCAUAUUGGCUUCAGGAUCAACUGUAGCAGCCGGCAACGUCGGUACCACUUCUCAAUCCAAACCUUCAGGUGCAUCCGCCACUGCUGCUGCCUCCGGAUCAUCAGCUUCAGCUUCUGCUUCUGCUUCUAGAUCAGGAUCAGGCUCCGCUUCUGGUUCAAGCGCCCCAUCAGCAAGUGGCUCAGCAUCCAACGCUAAUGCUGCUGCUUCCGCUUCAGGUUCAAGCUCAGCGGGGAUGAUAACCGUUCAAGGUGGAUCAAACGUUAUUGUCGGUAUGGGUGUAGCCGUCGUUGGUAUUUUAUUAGGAGCAGUCACUCUUCUCUAA